AUGCUGGACAAAGUUUUGAAUAGAUUUGGACCGAAAGACAAAGGACCUUGGUGCUUUACUAACUACUCCGAGGAUUCCAACUUCAUGGAAUCAUGUGACCUUCCACUCCAAGGGGUGUGUGAGUUUGAAUGCCACUGCAAGAAAGAGGAACCAUGCUUUUAUCUCGGCAGCUGUCCCCACGGAUGUCACCCGGGCUGGAUGAACGCCACGUGCCAGACAAAGUGCGAGUCUGGUCGCUAUGGUGACGGCUGUAACUCAAAUUGUGGAGAAUGCAAGUCAGGGCCAUGUAACAUUGAAACAGGAGAAUGUGAGGGUGGGUGCGCUGCAGGAUGGAAAGGAACGCUCUGUAAAACAGAAUGUGAUCCCGGUCGGUAUGGAGCUAACUGCAGCGAGGUGUGUGGACAUUGUUUGUCAGGGAGCUGCCGUUUUGUGACGGGGGCGUGUGUGGGAGGAUGCAUUCCAGGCUGGCAGGGAGAGAAGUGUCAGGAUCGUAGGUGUCACAGCUCCUCAUCGAGGCAGCUAGAUAAUGUGUCAAAUACAUAUUAUAUCAAUUAAAAACAAUGUCAUAUACAAGAAAUGUCAAAUAUAGCAUUUGUCAAAAAUAUGUGAUAACCAAAGAACAUGACAAACACAUACUUUAAUUAUGUUUCAAAUAAAAAAAUUAGAAUGUGUUAAAUAAAGAAAAAAAUUGAUACAGAACACCUCAACUAAAGACCAUGCCAUAUGCAUAAUGUGGCAUACAGCCUUUAUCAAAGAAGGUUUCUUUACCUGACCUGUAUACCAAUAAUGUUUUUUUACUAAAUAAUAAUGGUAAGGGGCUUUCUUUGACAGCCUGUGAUGACUUUACUUAUGGAGACAACUGCUCCUCUACGUGUGGGGCAUGUCGAGGCCUGAAUUCGUGUGACAAAGAGACCGGACUGUGUGCAGAGGGCUGCGAGCCCAAGUUUGUGGGACAGCUUUGUCUGGGUAAGUUGAUUACAAGUAAACACUGUUACAGCA